GGCUUCAGAUUUGUGUCCCGGCCGCCGUCGCGCCGUUCUUGUUCUUCGCAUCGGCUUCGUCGUAGGGUUAGGGUUUGCGAUUUUCCGAGAUGGCGGUGCCCCUGCUGACGCAGAAGAUUGUGAAGAAGCGGGUCAAGCAGUUCAAGAGACCCCAUCUCGACCGCUACAAGUGCCUCAAGCCAAGCUGGCGCAGGCCAAAGGGUAUUGACUCCCGUGUUAGGAGGAAGUUCAAGGGAUGCACCUUGAUGCCCAACAUUGGUUAUGGUUCUGACAAGAAGACCAGGCACUACCUUCCCAACAAGUUCAAGAAGUUUGUAGUCCACAAUGUCUCUGAUCUGGAGUUGCUUAUGAUGCACAACAGGACAUACUGUGCUGAAAUUGCCCACAAUGUAUCUACCCAUAAGCGCAAGGAGAUUGUGGAGCGUGCUGCGCAGCUUGACAUUGUGGUCACAAACAAGCUUGCCAGGCUUCGCAGCCAGGAGGACGAGUAGUAUGCUAUGAAGAUUGCAGCCUGGGUUAAUUUGCUUGUAGGAAGCAGCUCUGUUUGAAUGCAUAAUUUCGACGUUGCACUGGUGUAUGGACACCCUGUAAUUCAGUGAGCUCAGCAUAGGACAUACAGUUUUGAAUGUUCUGCAGCAAUAUUUAUACUUCAAACCUGUUCUGUUCUGUUAUCAAGCUUGGUAUGGGAAACCUGUGCUUUAAAGACCUGAGUUCUCAAGUCGUUAACAUCUGGUAAAUCGGUUGCUAAA